AUGUCUGAACACUGCGGCAGCACAAGCCAAUCCGAUUGCAAGCUCGAAGGCAGACUGCAUGAGCUCGCCGAACAGGAUCAACAAUAUAGACCAAGAUGGGGUCAGAUCAACUCAAGGCUCGCGCAGCUCAAGAAUGAGUACGAAGCGCUGAUGCGAGAGAAGAACGCUCUGGUUGAAGAACAGGGUUCGAUCCGUGUCAAGGUGCAUGAGCGCAACGAAGAGUAUCGAAGAACUCAACAGGCUAUCGCGGCGCUCACGGGUGCUCGUGAUAGCGAUUCAACAAGACAGAAUGGCCUCGAGACUGCAGCUGCACCACCACAUGGCCUUCCAACGGUCGCGAAGGCACCCAAUCCGGCAAUGGCCACAACGUCAAGCAGGAUACGACCGACGGAAGAAGUCGAGACCAUCAUCAUUGAGAGUGACGAGGAGGAAGAGGGUGAAGGCGAUGAAGCACUCAUCUCCGUUGGUACAGCAAGUCGCCAGCUAUUCAAGCCUGUCGAUGCGAUUCAUGGGCGGUUCCCAACCGUCGUCAACAUCAACGGCCAGUGGCACGAAAUCCGAUGCAAAGGCUGUGGCGCCAACAUCAAGUCGAAAACUUCAACGUGGUUCAAAGGUCUUCGUGGGCUGAGAUUCCACUACACGCGGUGUCACCUUCCUCGUGGUAGCUUCGCUCCAACUGCAGAAACUUGCUGCAUCAUGCGUCCAGUGAGCGCAUCGGAUAUUGGCCUCAUGGAACAAGGCUUAGCACCGCGUGACGUUGCGAUUGAGGCAUGCUACGCACCCAAGAUGCUGAGCGAGUCUCGUCAGGAGACCCGUCAGGCCAGCAGCAGUGUCCGGCCAAGUUAUAGUGAGGUCCAUUGA